AUAACAGUUUCUUUCAGACAUAAAUCGUUUCUCAUCAAGUAAGCAACCCGGCUAAUUCCCAACGUCCACUGUGUAUAUUUGUCUUUUAUUUAAAAAAAACGUUAGUCUACCAGUUUGAUACAUCAUGGAGAAAAGACCAAUCAAAUGUGGGAUUAUUCUUACUUUGGCUGUUUCAGCACUCCUUUUCUUUGAGGAUGCUGUGCCUGUUUCCCAUUUACGGAGGGCAACACCCAGCAGCAAUGACGAGACCACCCCAGCUACGCUGUCCGCCUACUACAUAUGCGUCAGAAUCACCAACCGGAUUUACACUGAGUCACUCAAUAAUCAAAGCUCUAAGGAGUACAAACAGCUGAGGAAACAGGUGGAACAGAUGGUGGAUGACAUCCACAGCCCUUUGCAAGCGUCUGACAAAUAUAUGGGUGUAUUUGAUAUAAUCUUCAGUAAUGGAUCCGUCAUUGCAAACUCGACAGUAAUGUUUGGGACCACAUUCAUGAUCACUCCAACUUUGGUUAAAAGUCUAUUUUACACACAUAUCCAAUCAAAUAAAUCCAAAACCCUUGACCUGGACCGCGCCUAUACUGAAGGUCAACAUCCAAUAAAAGCCACACUACCUCUUGUAGCACGUACCACAGCAACCGUAGCUGCCUUAGUUAGUAUGGCUAGCCGUUCAGGAAGGGACGGGGAUGUAACUACAUCUACAGCAAAUACUUCAUCUGACAACAUCACAAGUAGUCAGACCCCCACAACCACCACCACUAGUCCUGACAAAAACAAUACAUUUAGCAGCAUAACCACUCAUAUUCCUGAAGACCAUAACAGAACAAUUAGCAGCAUUACCACCCCUAGUCCUGAAGACCAUAACAGAACAAUUAGCAACAUUACCACCCCUAGUCCUGAAGACCAUAACAGAACAAUUAGCAACAUUACCACCCCUAGUCCUGAAGACCAUAACAGUACAAUUAGCAACAUAACCACCCCUAGUCCUGAAGACCAUAACAGUACAAUUAGCAGCAUUACCACGCAUAUUCCUGAAGACCAUAACAGUACAAUUAGCAGCAUUACCACGCAUAUUCCUGAAGACCAUAACAGUACAAUUAGCAACAUAACCACCCCUAGUCCUGAAGACCAUAACAGAACAAUUAGCAGCAUUACCACCCCUAGUCCUGAAGACCAUAACAGUACAAUUAGCAACAUAACCAGCCCUAGUCCUGAAGACCAUAACAGUACAAUUAGCAACAUAACCAGCCCUAGUCCUGAAGAGCAUAACAUUACAAUUAGCAACAUAACCAGCCCUAGUCCUGAAGAGCAUAACAUUACAAUUAGCAACAUAACCAGCCCUAUUCCUGGAGACCACAACAAUACAAUUAGCAACACAACCACCCCUAUUACCCCUAAAAAUCCUCCCCAGACCAUUAGCACGACUGUCUUUCAUAAAACCUUUCUAUCAACAACUACCUCGGGUCAAUCUAACCCCCCAGUUGCCCCUACUGAGAGAGCAACAAGCAGGCAUCAGGCUGCCACAGGCCAAACGACCAGUCAUAAGAACACAGAGAAUACGGAGGUGACCCAUAAGACCAUAGAGCAUGCUGCAGCUGUAGUUGUUGGGAGCGGAGAGGGAGUCCCAGGAUGGGGGAUCGCUCUAUUGGUACUGGCUGCCCUUAUCUUGUUAAUCCUCCUUAUUCUCCUAAUACUGCUGCUAGUGUGGUUGUGCUGUAGGCAGAGAUAUGGAAGCUUCAGCCCAUAUAACCAGAUCAACCACGGGGCAGACAUCCAAAUGUACUCCACACACAGCCGCUUCAACGUGCCCAACGGCAAGCCUAAUGACGAAAUGGGAGAACCAUCGAAAAACCAAACAGGGAUGUAUGUGGUGAAUGAGUACUGAUACACAGAAGCUCCAGUCAAUUGGGUAAGAAGACCAUCUGAAAUGGCCUUAUGAAGUAAUAUGCAUGGGAGCAAUGACAAUUCUGUACAAAUGGUUCAAUUAUCUCUGAAGAAUCUGAAUGAAGAUCAUGGCAUUGGCUCACUGAUUGUAAUUUCAACCUGUAUUUAUUCAAAUCACAUUUAUAAAGCCCUUUUUACAUCAGCCGAUGUCACAAAGUGCUAUACAGAAACCCAGCCUAAAACCCCAAGCAGCAAGCAAUGCAGAUGUCCUAAUGUUAUUUUAUUCCUAAUGCUUUUACCAGUGGAGGCUGCUGAGAGGAGGACGGCUCAUAAUAAUAGCUGGAAUGGAGUCAAUGUAAUGGUAUCAAACACAUCAAACACCUGGUUUCCAUGUAGUUGUUACCAUUCCAUUCUAUUAUUCUGUACGUAAAUCCGAGACACUCCAUUUAGUAUAUGUUACUCCUCCCUGACCAACCUCCCUACUUUAGUUUCUGUCUAAAGUAACUAGGCCAUUAAAAGGUAUCAUGUGUCUUGACAUGCUCAGAAAUACGUAAAGUAUGUUUUGAAUGGCUCUGAGGUCAGGCUGGCCAUUUUGGCUUCAUUGUGGCAAUAAUUUGAGUUGUAUUUUCAGUCUUUACUGAAGGCAAGCUUAACCUUGGUAAAAAAGAAAGAAAGCUGAUCCUAGAUCAGUAAAUGGGGUCAACAUAUGUAUCCUGCAAUUAACAUGUAAGAAGAAUGAGUAUGGGUGCAAUACCCAAUCAGGUACAGUUAACAAGAUGUUCAUUGUUUUCAAAGAUUAUAAAUCAAACCUUUUGACUUGGGCUGAGAGAUCCAGAUGUAAAUCCCUACCGCUGGAUAAGACAUGUUUUGAGAUAGGAUGCUAGCAUGCCAAACAGUUAACUAUUCCACAAACACAACCCAGUGAGUUAAACACCAAUGUUAUGUAUAUUUGACAAUCUGAUUAAAUAAAUCCACCAUUAUUAAUCAAA